UUGAUACGGACAACAGGUCCAUUGCUGACCCUUUAUCCUAUGAAAGCCAUAUUCUGGUUGACAGUAUAUUCAUUCAAGCGUGCGACAAUGACGUAGAUGUAUAAAUUAGUUGUGAUCAGCUUCAAGUCUACACAGUGACUACAUUGACCACGCCGUGAUCACUUCAAAAGCUCUAAGCGGAAUUUAACUUCAUUAAUACCACUAAGCAAUAUAUAUCGACAGGUUAACUAGAAAUUAUACAACAUGAUGUAUAUAACCAAAUCAGCGGCGUAUUAUGCCUCCUCAGUAAUACUACUGGUUUUGUCAUGUGAUGGAUGUUAUACUAAUUACAACAAUUGCCAACAACAAUAUUUUACUGCUGCUGGCGCAGCAAGUAGCAGUGAUCCAACAUUGGCGCAACAGCAGCUCUGUGGAGCAGCGACAACGGCCAAGACCUGUUUAGAUAAUGACGCAGCUAACUGUCCUCCAGGAACUGUUGAACCCACAGGAUUUACCCAGAUUAAAACGACAAUAAACAACACAGUUAUUAGUUGUGAAAUGUCUGCCUGUGCACCUAAACAGCAGAUUUGCAGCAAUCAGACUCUUGAAGCUUACAACAAAUUGCAAACAUCAAACCAAGCAGCAUUUUGCGCUGAAAUGCCGAUUGCAGUAGAUUGUUACAGAAAGGUUCAGAUGGAAUGUCCAGUUAUUGACUUGAACAGUACAAUUGAAAUGUAUUCUUCGCUAGUGGUUCAAACAUGCGGUGGUGGAGGAGGUGGAAAUUCAAAUGGCUGUUUUCAGAAAGUUUUCGAGUGUUCAAACUAUUCAACCGAGAUUGCAGAUGCUGUACUUUCCAUAGAUUUCACAGAUGAAUCGGCUGUACAAAGUCUAUCUACAACGAUGUGCCCUACAUUUAGUAAGAUCACUAGGUGUUACAGUGAACUGACACUUAUGUGUCCCGACCCAGCUUUCGCGAAUGUCACGUCUAGCUUAGAUGCUGUUAAACCAACGAUUGAACAAGUUUGUGGAAACGAUACAGGCACGCAAAAUGGUUGUCUGCAGAAAUCUGUUGAGUGUAGUAGCGUUUCACGGAAUAUAUUAUCCAUCGAUUUUUCGGAUAUGUCAGCAAUACAAAACUUGACGCCCAUGAUUUGCUCUGCAAUGACGAACUUGACUACAUGUUAUAAUCAGUUACAACAAGAAUGCCCAAACUUAAUGCCCGCGAACGCUACAUCACCCAUAGAUGCCCUGAAACCAAUGCUUGACCAAAUGUGUGGAGCAGGAGGAAACUGUCUGGGGUGUGGCACACCGUUUAUGGCUUCUGGCUGCCAAAAUACCUCUCAGGACGAUUAUGAGGGUACAUAUAGAUGUUGCGGUGUUUCCCAUGAGAUGCUUAAUUGUUUUAAAAGAAAUCAAUGCACACAGAUGCCAAUGUUCGGGGAUAUUCAACUCUUUCAAUUAGCUUUAGAACGACAGUGUUCUGGAUACCAAGAGUAUUGCCCUGGUCUCAAUGCUUGUUUAAGCCCUUUCAGUACAAACCUGGAUUUAUACACAGUCUGCCCACGAAUAAACAGUUUUAUGACGUGUGUGAAUACAGCUUGCAAAGAUAAACCAAAAGUAGGAGACCUGACAAUUAUGAAAAUUAUGCCUCUGUAUCAACAAAUAUGCACUGGUUUGAGUGCCUACCCAGCCAUAGGUACCUGUCAGACAUUUGGUACAUGUACACAGAAUGGCGUCUCUGCUUUAAUAGCCGAACCAAUAACACUCAAGUCAAUCUCUGCUGUUGGUAAUCCUGAACACUGGUGCAAAAUGGCUAAAGGUAUAUCUAAAUGUGUAUCAGCUUCAACUACACCUUGUAAUCUAGGAGGAAAUAGUGUGACUGAUGCAGCAGCUAUAAAGACAUCUACUGAUGCAAUAUGUAAUGGCGUUAGAAAUCCUUGUCCAGGAGUAGCAGGAUGUUUGGUCACGUUGGGAAGCGGCGGAUCCCUGGUGCAAUCAUGUCCUAAUAUUCCGGCCUUUGUAACAUGUGUUACUACAGCUUUAGACACUUGUGGUGAAUCAAGUAAAGUGAAGGCCAGUUAUAGUUUAGUUGAUAUUCAAAAAUUGUUUACACAGUCUUGUACAGUGUUUCCAAAUUUUGCGAUCUGCCAGCAAGCAUCAGUCUGUAUGCAGAUUGACCUACCCUCGGGUGUUGCCGAGAUCACGGACAAAGUCUCCGACCAAACAUUCUGGUGCAACUCACUUAAAUCAAUACUGAAGUGUACGACUGGAUAUAGUCAAACUUGUAACCAAACAGCUACUGUGACCCAAACUCUAACCAAUUUGCUCAACCAGGUUAAAGUUCACUGUCCAGAUGAAGGUGGUUUUGAAGAAACAACAACAGUUGUUACCACUGGAGAAGGCAAUACAGCCAUUUCAGUGCAGUCCAGUUUAAUGUUAGUGCUGGUGGUAUCCUUUGUUACCAGCCUUUAUUAAAAUAACAAGUUUGUCCAAAAUAACUGUUUUUAUCACCCAAUAAUACAUUAUACAGUAGAUAUCGCUUGUGUGAUAAAUAUCAUAAUCUACUGCGAUAUCUCCUUUACAUGAAUUUCAUUGGUCAUUUAAAAAGGAACUACUUUUUUGUAUUUUCGAAGAGCAGUUCAUUUUUUAUUAAAAUUAACUUCUUUUUUAUUAAAAAUGCAUGUAAGAAAGGAUUGGGUGAUAAAUAAAAUUCCUACUGGUCUUUUUUAUAUCAAAAAAUAUCAACACUCGUCGAUAAAGUAAAAAAAAACCCCAAAAAACCGAAGAUCUGUAAAAAAAAGACUCGUAGGCAGGAGAUUCUCUAUAUCUGCAGCUUUCAUAAAUUUUGAUAAGUGUAAAAUGAAGAUUAUAAAAUAGAUCGAUUUUUAAAUAAUCUUUUGAAAUAUAAGUGCUUUUGGUUGCGUAAAGUCCUUGUGUAAAUUUAACUACGGCUUUCGAAUGUUGAGGCUUUAUAUACCAGUAUUUUGUUAUUGUAUAGCAUCUAUAUGUUGUGUAUGCGUGUAUUUUUAUAGUGUGUAUACCACAAUGCUUAUUAUAAUCUUGCUUCUGUAAACAUACAAUCCACCAGAUAUAUGUAUCCUGUGAUAAAACUGUUCUGUUGCUCAAUUUUGGAAUUCUCCCAAUAAUGAUAAUUAUCUGUUAUGGUUUAUUUUGACUUUAACAUAUUUUGAUACAAUAGUUUUUUUCUUUAUAAUAUGUACAUGUGUUAAUAUUCUCGUAUAUUAUCGUUCGUUACCUCUGUCUGUCGGGCCGUCAAACUUCUGGACCAGUUGGGGUUGAAUUUAGAGUUAUUGCCUUUGUCACCAAUCACCUGUAAUCAAAGUCAAUGUUUUCAAAACAUUAAAGUGACGACAACAUCAGGACGACUAAGCUGUGGGGGGGGGGGGGUAAGGUUUUAAUAUCUGGCAACAUAUGUUUCUAAUAAAACGAAUUCUAAGA